UAAUAAAAGAAAGGUCCUCUCGAAAAGAGUAGUAUUAGCAGUGAUCCGAACACCGAAAUCCCAACCUCGUACCUUUGUAGCGCGGCUCUCGGACCACGGGAGCGGCAUCAGAAAAACAUGCAUCCCUUCCAAGCGUGCCUCCUCCUCCCGCUGCUGGCGGCCAGCGCCAGCGUCAGCGUCGGCGGCGGGCACCACCGCGUGGACGCGAGGCAGUUCUUCGGGUAUGUCCCUGAGAGCGAGGACGCGUCGUUCACGAACCAAAGCCUGUUAGCGGCGGAGUUUCUGCAGGCGCACAACUGGGUGCGGAAGCAGUACAACCUGCCGCUAUUGGCGUGGGACGAGAGCCUGGCGAGCUACGCGCGCGGGUACCUGAUGCAGCGCUACAACGACUGCAGGAUGGUGCACUCGAACUCCAAGUACGGCGAGAACAUGUUCUGGGGGAAGAAGCUUCACUGGAACCCCUCCGACGCCACCUACUUCUGGUACCUGGAGAAGCAGUGGUACGACUUCAAGACUCUCACGUGCGCCCCUCCCCCCAAAGCGUGCGGCCACUUCACGCAGGUCGUGUGGCGGGACUCCCAGCGCGUCGGCUGCGCCCUUCAGCAUUGCAACAACCGCGCCAUGGGAAUGCUCAUUGCCUGCGAGUACGAUCCUGCUGGUAACUACGCCAAUGAGAACCCUUUGCAACAACAUACAUGAACCAUGAAUCAUCAAUCAAUUUUCACAAUCUGUUCAUAUUACAUCAUCACACACGCACAUGCAUGCAUGUAUCUAGCUCGUUAGUUAUAUAUAGUCUCCUUGUCUAUAUUAUUGUAAUUAUUAUUUAAUCCAUUUGUUGUUCUCCAUGAGCAACUGGUUGAAUGAUUUGAACAUUAAUUACAAACUUUCUUCUAAUGAGAGAGAUGGGCUUCUUUUUGCCUUCAAA